GUCCAGAAUGACCACGCGGCCUUCACGUUCACGUUUAGCCGGAGCUGGAGCUCCGCCUCUGUCCCACGUGACAGCUGGUCGCUCACUCUGCAGCUCCUUCAGUGGUGGGCGACAACUUCACCUGACGACAUGCGCGUGGCAGUGAUUGGAGCUGGAGUCAUUGGUCUGUCAACUGCUCAGAGCAUCUAUGAGCAGUACCAUCCAGUCAUCAGGCCGCUGAGCAUCGAGGUGUAUGCAGACCGCUUCACUCCGCUCACCACCAGCGAUGGAGCGGCUGGCUUUUGGCAGCCGUACCUUCACGAUAAGGGAAACGUCCAGGAAACUAAGUGGAAUAAAGAGACGUUUGACUACUUGCUGAGCUGCCUCAGUUCACCAGAGGGCAUGAAGAUGGGAAUAUUCCUUCAGUCUGGCUACAACCUGUGCACAGAACCAGUCCCAGACCCCUCGUUUAAAGACGCCGUGCUGGGCUUCAGGCAGCUCACACAACGAGAGCUACAGAUGUUCCCCGGAUACACUUAUGGGUGGUUCAACACUGCUCUCAUGGUGGAAGGUAAAUCAUACUUGCCCUGGCUGAUGGACUGGUUACGAAAAAGAGACGUGACAUUUCGUCACCAAAAAGUUGAAUCUUUCAAGGAGCUGGCAGAAACUGGGGCAGACGUGGUCAUAAACUGCACUGGGGUGAGGUCAGGAGAACUCCAGCCUGACCCGGACCUCAAACCUGGCCGGGGGCAGAUAGUGAAGGUGGAUGCUCCGUGGUUGAAGCAUUGGAUCAUUACUCAUAAUUUUGCCACAGGAGUCUACAACUCUCCUUACAUUAUUCCAGGGAGUCGUCUCGUCACAGUUGGAGGGACUUUUCAGGUGGGAAACUGGAGCGAGCAGUGCAACUCCACCGACCAAAAGAAAAUAUGGGAGGAAGCCUGUGAGCUGGAGCCUAGUCUCAAGCAUGCCAGAAUAGUCGACUCCUGGGCUGGACUCAGACCCGUUCGCAGCAAAGUUCGACUGGAGCGGGAGACCAUACAAUGCGGUACAACUACACUAGAGGUGAUACACAACUACGGCCAUGGAGGUUUUGGGCUCACCAUCCACAGAGGCUGUGCCCAGGAGGCAGCGCGGCUUUUUGGACAGAUAGUGGAGCAGAAAGGAAAAGGUCCAACAGCUCGUCUGUAAGCUUGUUUGGUGGAAAGUGAUGGUGCACUUCUUUUUCAAAUUAUAGUAACUAUUCAACAUUUAUAACCAACUUUUUUAUCAUCUUUUUUUUCUUGUGUAAUGGGAUAAAAAGAGGAGACACCAUUGUUUCCAUCUGUUUUCUAAUAAUAUUCGAAAUAUUGCCAGUAAAUGUAUAAAACGUAAGGAGACUUAUUGAUGAUAUAAUGAUGAUUACGGCCGAUCAAUCACUGAUCACACAUUGAGGAAAGCUGAUUUUGAAGAUCAUUUACUGUAUCAUACACUUUUACAUCCAGUGCAUUGACUAGAAUCUGUGCACGCAGACACUUAAUGCAGGACUAUAUUCAAACACUUGCAGGUUCGGAGCAGCUGGACCUGUUUUAGCUACUCAGUAUUAUUUUUUAAUGAAACCUUUGAUUAUUUACUUGUGAAACCAAAAUGGCCAAAGUCUGUCUUCACAUCACCUCUGUCACUAACAAAAGCAAAGACGCCGACUAAACCAGGUAAUGAUACAUUAUUUACAGAGACAGAACCAUCGUCCUGUUAGACGGUUGUGAAUGGUGAAGUAGACCAGGAGAUUACUAAACAUUAAUAUGUGUUAUGAAAUAUGAAUAAAAUAAACUAAUAAUGGUGAGGAUAUAAA